AUGGGGGAAAAGCCACAUUCCUGUCCUGAGUGUAAGUCCCAUCUUUACACACAUCAGAGAUAUCACACGGGGGAGAAGCCGUAUUCCUGUUCUGAGUGUGGAAAAUGCUUUUCAGAGAAGUCCAAUCUUCAUAAACAUCAGAGAUCUCACACAGGGGAGAAGCCGUAUGCCUGUUCUGAGUGUGGAAAAUGUUUUUCAACCGAAGAAAAGCCGUAUUCUUGUCCUGAGUGUGGGAAAUGUUUUUCAGUGAAGUCCAGUCUUUACACACAUCAGAGAUCUCACACUGGGGAAAAGCCAUAUUCCUGUCUUGAGUGCGGGAAAUGUUUUUCAGAGAAGUCCAAUCUUCAUAAACAUCAGAGAUCUCACACGGGGGAGAAGCCGUAUUCCUGUCCUGAGUGUGGGAAAUGUUUUUUAGAUAAGUCCAGUCUUUACACACAUCAGAGAUCUCACACUGAAGAAAAGCCACAUUCUUGUCCUGAGUGCGGGAAAUGUUUUUUAGUGAAGUCCAGUCUUUACACACAUCAGAGAUCUCACACAGGGGAGAAGCCAUAUUCCUGUCUUGAGUGUGGGAAAUGUUUUUCAGUGAAGUCCAAUCUUUACACACAUCAAAGAUCUCACACAGGGGAGAAGCCGUAUUCCUGUCCUAAGUGUGGGAAAUGUUUUUCACAGAAGUCCAGUCUUUACACACAUCAGAGAUCUCACACGAGGGAGAAGCCACUUUCCUGUCCUGAGUGA